AUGGGAAUUAAUGACGAAGAAGAUAUUCCAGACAAUGUAUACGUAGAAAAUGGUGACGACAACGAAAACGGGGAGUUUGAUAACAUUGUUGAAGAUAUCAGUGUGCAAAGUACAGGCGAAACCACACCAUUACCAUCUACAUCAAUUCAGAAUAACGAAAUUCAGACACCACAGAUAACUGAAAAUGAACCCG